AUGCGCGCUGACUUGAUUAUUGUUCAAUUUCGAGCUCGUGAACAUAGUCCAGAAAGGCAUGCUUUACCUUCGGACUAUACGUGUUGUUGCCUACGCUGUUCGUGCAGAAAUACAAGAUUGUCUCGCUUGUCAGAAUCCGUCGAGACUUCUGGAGGGAAGGAAUUAUCUUAUCUGCCUGAUCGUACCCUGAACGGAGAGAUUGGAACAAUGAUUGAGAGUACACGUUCAUCAGAGUAUGUAGGGAGAGCAGAUAGGCGAAAUAAUCAAAAUAACCAAAAUGGUCUGGACCUGGAAAUGCUGGACAUACAAUUUGCACUUCUGUUCGCCGGAUAUACCCAACCCCUGCAAAGCCACCUCAUCGAAUCCCAAUCAACCCAUGCCACUACCCUCACAUUACAGGUCCUCAGUCGCUUCUACAUUUGCACCACUGUUGCGACCGACUUAUGUAGGGACGAAGACAGACUCGGUCACUGCUGGGAAAGUGUAUCGGAAAUCUUUUGA